UCGCCCCUUCCAUCAGUCACUGCUCCCCCUUGGCAAGUAGAUUCGAUUUCUUCCGUUGUAGUUUCUCGGUCAUACAAUUAAAAAAUAUUUUAUCCCUCAAUUAUAUUGGAAUUUUUAAUAGCAGGAACCCUAAUACUAUCUCCAUAAGUCCAUAGAUAGAAUCUUAUUAUUCUGUGCAUUGUGUUAAAUUUAUUAUUUCGUUAUAUAUUUUUUAUAAAUAAAAACAUGAGCAACCGGAAUCCAAAUACUUUAAUGAGUGUACCAGACGAACAAUUUGAUUAUUUAUUUAAAAUAGUUCUUAUUGGUGACUGCGGAACAGGGAAGACAUGUAUUGUACAGCGUUUAAAAUCCGGAAACUUCAUAGAACGGCAUGGAAAUACAAUAGGCGUAGAUUUCUCGAUGAAAACUUUAUUAGUUGAUGGAAAGAAGGUCAAGCUGCAGAUAUGGGAUACAGCCGGACAGGAAAGAUUUCGGACUAUUACUCAGAGUUAUUAUCGUUCAGCCAAUGGAGUAAUAAUAGUGUAUGACAUAACAAAGAGAUCAACAUUUUUGUCUCUUAAGAAAUGGAUAGAAGAAGUUAGAAGGUAUACCUCAUCAAAUGUCAUAGUCUCUUUAAUUGGAAACAAGUGUGAUCUGGCAGAUCAACGUGAGGUUGAAGCUGAAGAGCCUAAGUCUUUCUGCCGUUAUGUUCCAGAGAUUAUGUUUGUGAUGGAGACCUCUGCUAAGGACAAUACUAAUGUUGAAGACACUUUCCGAAAGUUAGCCACAGAAUUGAAGCGUCAACAUGAUAGCAGUGAAGGCCCACCCGCUGACAAUGAUGCUGUUGUACUUGGAGAAAGUCAUUCUGUGAGUCGGUGUCAACCUUGCCGUUCUUAGUUAAUAUUUGUAUAUAUGAACAAUAUUUAAAAUGUGUUAAUUUCUAUGUCCUUAGUAUUUCAAACCGUUAUAGGUUUGAUAUUGAAAUUGUUAACUAGAGAACUUUAUUAGUUAUAUUCAAACUGUAUCCCUUGUCAAAGAAACCUGUCACUUGAUGUUAAUGAACUAUUCUCUAUUUAACCAAUAGUUGUCGAGAUUAGUGCGAACAAAUUUUUAUUUAUUUUUUUAUUAAUAGAAAUCUUGGCUAUGAAGAUCUGUUAAUUUGAUCUGUUGAUUUAAAGGUAUUAGUGGCAAAUUAGUAUUAGUUGCUUUUAGUUCGACCUGAGAAGCCAUAAACUAAUCUAAUUAGUGCCAAAAAAGAGAUUAGGUAAUUUAUAAAAUUACGUUAAUUCAAUCAAAUCAUGAUUCACGGUAAAGAAAUUCACGGAAAUAUGAACUUUGCUUAAUUUUAACGGAAUUUUCUUCAUAACGUAUAACUGACCAUAGAUUGCUUGUUCAUAUAUAUAGGGUUAAAACUAACCUCUAUAUUUAUAAAACAGAUUAAUAAUCAUAUACAAACCGAAAUUUAAAAAAAAUGUUUGACCUACUUUUUUUUAUAGAAUAGGCAAACGGGCAGGAGACUCAUCUGAUGUUAAUUGAU